ACGCUGGCGUAGGUCGACGCCGUAUGCGCUCAGUCGGUUGCGCGCCGGUCGGCUGUGUGGAUGGGUUUGUGUGGAUCGUUAAUCGGUGGUUUUUGGUGUACAUCGACAGGUUUUUAUGCGAGUACUCGGAUAAAACGGUGUCGCGGGCUAUCCUUACGAGAAGGAGCGCCCUUUCGAAGGGUAAGAUAGAAGUGAGUUGUUGGUCCGAUUGACAAAAUGACGACCGACAUCUCGGUGGUGCGCGGGGGUUGGGACCCCACGCUACAACAAGAGAUUGUCGAUGAGUACGAAUACGACGGGGGAAACUCGAGCUCGAGACUCUUCGAACGUUCACGAAUCAAGGCGUUAGCUGGUGAACGUGAAUUAGUACAAAAGAAGACUUUCCAAAAAUGGGUGAACUCCCACUUAGUUCGCUGCUCAUGCCGAAUCGGCGAUCUGUACGUCGACCUUCGGGACGGGAAGAUGCUAAUCAAGCUAUUAGAGAUCCUCUCCGGGGAACGUUUGCCGCGACCAACGAAAGGAAAAAUGCGAAUUCACUGUUUGGAGAACGUCGACAAAGCGCUGCAGUUCCUUCGGGAGCAAAGGGUGCAUCUGGAGAACAUGGGUUCCCACGAUAUAGUCGACGGGAAUCCACGGUUGAGCUUGGGUCUGAUCUGGACCAUCAUCCUACGGUUCCAAAUCCAAGACAUCACCAUUGAAGAGACCGAUAAUCAAGAGACGAAAUCAGCCAAGGAUGCCUUGCUCCUCUGGUGUCAGAUGAAGACAGCAGGCUACCAUAACGUGAACGUACGGAAUUUCACUACUUCCUGGCGGGACGGUUUGGCCUUCAACGCUAUCAUCCACAAGCAUAGACCAGACUUGAUCCAAUUUGAGAAACUGUCCAAAGCGAACGCCAUCUACAAUCUCAACAACGCGUUCAAUGUUGCUGAAGAUAAACUAGGCCUCACCAAACUCCUCGAUGCAGAGGAUAUAUUCGUUGACCAUCCUGAUGAAAAGUCCAUUAUCACCUACGUGGUUACUUACUAUCAUUACUUCUCCAAGAUGAAACAAGAAACUGUCCAAGGUAAAAGAAUAGGAAAAGUUGUUGGUAUUGCCAUGGAGAAUGAUCGUAUGAUCCACGAAUACGAGAGCCUAACUAGUGAUCUGCUGCGUUGGAUAGAGGGUACCAUUGAGGCCCUAGGCGACCGCAGGUUCGCCAAUUCUUUGGUAGGCGUUCAGUCUCAGCUCUCGCAGUUCUCCAACUAUCGUACCGUAGAGAAACCUCCAAAGUUUGUAGAGAAAGGCAACCUGGAAGUGCUUCUGUUCACGCUGCAAUCCAAAAUGAGGGCUAACAAUCAGAAACCCUAUACACCUAGGGAAGGCAAGAUGAUAGCCGACAUUAAUAAAGCUUGGGAGAGAUUGGAGAAAGCUGAACACGAAAGGGAACUGGCUCUUCGCGAGGAGUUGAUCCGUCAAGAGAAGCUGGAACAACUGGCAGCGAGGUUCAAUCGCAAAGCUAGCAUGAGGGAGACCUGGUUAUCUGAGAACCAGCGAUUGGUUUCCCAGGACAACUUCGGUUUUGAUUUAGCUGCGGUAGAGGCUGCUGCCAAAAAACACGAGGCUAUCGAAACCGACAUCUUCGCCUACGAGGAGAGAGUUCAAGCAGUGAUGGCAGUAUCUCAGGAGCUAGAAGCCGAGAACUAUCACGAUAUCGAACGAAUCAAUGCCCGCAAGGAUAAUGUCCUCAGAUUAUGGAAUUAUCUUCUGGAAUUAUUGCGAGCUAGGCGGAUGCGAUUGGAACUGUCUCUGCAGCUGCAACAGAACUUCCAGGAAAUGUUAUACAUCUUGGACAGCAUGGAGGAAAUCAAGUUGCGUUUGUUGACCGACGACUAUGGCAAACACUUGAUGGGCGUGGAGGAUCUUCUGCAAAAGCAUUCUCUGGUCGAAGCUGAUAUAAAUGUCUUGGGAGAAAGAGUAAAAGCCGUCGUCCAGCAGAGUCAAAGAUUCUUGGAACACGGUGAGGGAUACAGACCCUGUGACCCUACUAUUAUUGUUGAACGCGUUCAGCAGCUCGAAGACGCCUAUGCUGAACUAGUCCGUUUAGCCGUGGAACGCAGAGCCAGACUUGAAGAAUCCCGCAAACUCUGGCAGUUCUACUGGGACAUGGCCGACGAGGAAAACUGGAUAAAGGAGAAGGAGCAGAUAGUGUCGACUGGAGACAUCGGUCACGAUCUGACUACGAUUAACUUGCUGCUGUCGAAGCAUAAAGCUCUAGAGAACGAGAUUCAGUCCCACGAGCCUCAAUUGAUGUCAGUGGUCGCGGUCGGGGAUGAGUUGGUUCGUCAGCAGCACUUCGGCUCUGAUCGUAUCACAGAACGACUCCAAGAAAUCUUGGGAAUGUGGAACCAUCUUCUCGACUUGGCCGCCUUCAGAAGAAAGCGCCUGGAAGAGGCUGUUGACUAUCAUCAAUUAUUCGCUGAUGCUGAUGACAUAGACAUCUGGAUGUUGGAUACACUGAGAUUGGUGUCUUCAGAGGAUGUUGGUAGGGACGAGGCCAACGUUCAGUCUCUGUUGAAGAAGCAUAAGGAUGUCACCGAUGAGCUUAAGAAUUAUGCUACCACUAUCGACCAGCUUCAUCAGCAAGCGUCAGGUCUCGGCGAACAGGAUGCUAAAUCACCAGAAGUGCUUGAACGACUGGCUUCCAUUGACUCGAGGUACAAGGAGCUGAUGGAGCUGGCCAAGCUGCGUAAGCAGAGAUUAUUGGAUGCUCUGUCUUUGUACAAGUUGUUCAGCGAAUCAGACGGGGUCGAGCAAUGGAUAGGCGAAAAGAACAGAAUGCUGGAGACCAUGGUGCCAGCCAAGGAUAUCGAAGAUGUGGAGAUCAUGAAGCAUAGAUAUAACGGCUUCGAGAAGGAAAUGUAUGCGAAUGCUUCGCGGGUCGCUGUGGUGAACCAAUUGGCCAGGCAAUUGUUGCUCGUGGAGCACCCGAACUCCGAGCAAAUAGUCGCUAGACAGAACGAGCUGAAUCAGAAGUGGGCUGAAUUAAGAGAGAAGGCAGAUCACAAGAGGGAUGCAUUGAAUUCCGCUCACGGCGUACAGACCUUCCACAUAGAGUGCAGAGAGACUGUGUCUUGGAUAGAGGACAAGAAACGAAUCCUCCAGCAGACCGACAGCCUGGAGAUGGACCUCACAGGUGUAAUGACUCUUCAGCGUCGUCUCAGCGGCAUGGAACGCGAUCUGGCAGCUAUACAAGCUAAAUUAGACGCUCUGGAACUGGAAGCUCAGAAUAUUCAACAGCAGAACUUGGAGGAUCCUGAAGUGAUACGCGACAGGAUCGCUCAGAUACACACCAUCUGGGAGCAGUUGACGCAGAUGUUGAAGGAGCGUGACGCGAAAUUAGAGGAAGCUGGUGAUCUUCAUCGAUUCCUGAGAGAUCUGGAUCACUUCCAGGCCUGGUUGACGAAGACACAGACCGACGUUGCCAGUGAGGACACUCCGACCACAUUGGCCGAUGCGGAGAAGCUUCUGACGCAACAUCAAAACAUCAAGGAAGAGAUCGAUAAUUACACCGGCGACUACCAGAAGAUGAUGGAGUACGGAGAGAGACUGACCAGCGAGGCCGGCGACGGUGAUACUCAGUACAUGUUCCUGAGAGAACGUUUGAACGCGUUGAAGAUGGGCUGGGAAGAGUUGCAUCAGAUGUGGGUGAACAGGCAGAUCUUGUUAUCGAAUUCGCUGAACCUGCAGGUGUUCGAUCGCGAUGCCCGCCAGGCCGAAGUGUUGCUGUCCCAACAAGAGCACGUUUUAGCAAAAGAUGAGACACCUGUGAACUUCGAACAGGCGGAGCAAAUGAUCAAGCGCCACGAAGCGUUCAUGACUACUAUGGACGCGAACGAUGAGAAGAUCAACUCGGUGGUGCAGUUUGCUGGUAGACUGGUUGACCAGGGACACUUUGCUGCAGACAAGGUGAAAAAGAAGGCGGAGAACAUCAACGAGCGCCGGCAGAUCAAUCGCGACAAAGCGAACCAGUACAUGGAGAAGUUGAAGGAUCAGUUACAGCUGCAAAUGUUCCUUCAGGAUUGCGAGGAGUUGGGCGAAUGGGUGCAAGAGAAACAUAUUACCGCGCAAGAUGAGACCUACAGGAGCGCCAAGACGGUGCACAGCAAGUGGACCAGGCAUCAGGCGUUCGAGGCGGAGAUAGCGAGCAACAAGGAUCGUCUUCAACAACUGCAACAGGCCGCUGAAGACUUGAUCCAACAGAAGCCUGACUUAGCCGAGAUUAUUAAACCAAAGGUGGCAGAACUGGCCGACCAGUUCGAGGAACUCGAAACCACUACCCACGACAAAGGUGAACGUCUGUUCGACGCGAACAGGGAGGUCCUUAUACACCAGACUUGUGAUGACAUUGAUUCCUGGAUGAAUGAACUAGAGAAGCAGAUCGAAAGCACGGACACCGGGUCGGAUCUUGCGUCGGUGAAUAUUCUGAUGCAGAAGCAACAGAUGAUCGAGACACAGAUGGCGGUGAAGGCGAAACAGGUCACUGAGUUGGACAAACAGGCGGAACACCUGCAGCGUACCGUGCCGGAUGACAAGAUGGAAGAGAUCAAGUGCAAGAAGGAGAAGGUAGCGCAGAGAUUUGCCCAAUUGAAGGCGCCGUUGAUCGACCGCCAGCGCCAAUUGGAGAAAAAGAAGGAGGCAUUCCAGUUUAGGCGUGAUGUUGAGGAUGAGAAACUGUGGAUCGCCGAGAAGAUGCCUCAGGCGACCAGCAGCGAGUACGGCAACUCUUUGUUCAACGUGCACAUGCUUAAGAAGAAGAAUCAAUCGCUACGCACUGAAAUCGAGAACCAUGAGCCCAGGAUUAAUUUGGUUUGCAACAAUGGACAGAAAUUGAUUGAUGAGGGACACGAAGACAGUUCCGAGUUCCAACAAUUGAUAUCCGAGCUGACCGAGAAGUGGAAGAAGUUGAAGGAUGCAGUGGAUGACAGAAACAAACAUUUGCUUCAAAACGAGAAGGCUCAGCAGUACUUCUUUGAUGCGACCGAGGCGGAAUCCUGGAUGAGCGAGCAGGAGUUGUACAUGAUGGUAGAAGACCGUGGCAAGGACGAGAUCUCUGCCCAGAAUUUGAUGAAGAAACACGAGUCCUUGGAGCAUGCUGUUGAGGAUUAUGCAGAUACUAUACGCCAGCUUGGGGAGACCGCCAGGCAGCUGAUCAAUAAUCAACAUCCUCUAGCUGAUCAAAUCGCUGUUAAGCAAUCGCAGGUUGAUAAACUGUACGCUGGACUGAAAGACCUAGCCGGAGAACGAAGAGCUAAGCUAGAUGAGGCUCUCCAACUGUUCAUGCUGAACAGAGAAGUGGAUGAUCUGGAGCAAUGGAUCGCGGAGAGAGAACUGGUCGCCGGAAGCCACGAGUUGGGCCAGGAUUAUGACCAUGUGACUCUUCUAUGGGAGAGAUUCAAGGAAUUCGCCAGAGACACCGAAGCAAUAGGUUCAGAGAGGGUAGCAGCAGUGAAUGGAAUCGCGGAUUCAUUGAUUGCUACUGGACACUCAGAUGCAGCAACCAUUGCCGAAUGGAAAGAUGGUUUGAACGAAGCUUGGCAAGAUUUGCUUGAGUUGAUUGAAACACGUACACAGAUGCUUCAAGCCAGUCGAGAACUGCACAAGUUCUUCCACGAUUGCAAGGACGUCCUUGGCCGAAUUUUGGAGAAACAGAAUGCGAUGUCCGAUGAGCUCGGUCGCGACGCUGGCUCUGUGUCUGCUCUACAGCGCAAGCACGGUAACUUCAUGCAAGAUUUAUCCACCUUGCAGAGUCAGGUGUCUCAGAUCCAAGAGGAAUCCGCUAAGUUGCAAGCUAGCUAUGCUGGUGAUAAGGCUAGAGAGAUAACGAACCGUGAAGGCGAAGUGGUGGCUUCUUGGAACAACCUUCAGUCUCUCUGCGAGGAGAGAAGAGCGAAACUGGAAGACACUGGCGAUCUCUACCGCUUCUUCAACAUGGUCAGAACUCUGAUGAUCUGGAUGGACGACGUUGUGCGCCAGAUGAACACUUCUGAGAAACCUCGAGACGUUGCUGGAGUCGAGUUACUGAUGAACAAUCACCAAAGCCUGAAGGCUGAGAUUGAUGCCAGGGAGGAUAAUUUGUUGGCUUGUAUUAACCUUGGAAAGGAUUUGUUAGCUAGGAAUCAUUACGCCAGCACUCAGAUCAAGGAGAAACUGGCGGCUCUCACUGAUCACAGAAAUGCGUUGCUACAUAGAUGGGAGGAACGUUGGGAAAACUUACAGCUCAUUUUGGAAGUCUAUCAGUUUGCCAGAGAUGCAGCGGUUGCCGAGGCGUGGCUAAUCGCUCAGGAACCGUACCUUAUGAGUCAAGAACUUGGACAUACAAUUGACGAGGUCGAAAACUUAAUCAAGAAACAUGAGGCUUUCGAAAAAUCGGCAGCUGCGCAGGAAGAAAGGUUUAGUGCCUUGCAUCGACUCACUACGUUUGAGUUGAAAGAAUUGAAGAGGAGAGAACAAGAACGAGAAGAGGAGGAGAGACGCAAGAAAGAGGAGGCUGCGGCAGCCGAGGCAGCUCGAUUAGCUAAAGCAACACCAGUUACUAGUCCAGAUGAACCGCCCAGUGAAAGAGCCGAAGCUGAAGGUGUAACUAGCGGAGAACGUACAGCUGGUGAGGAUGAAUCACACGUGGCACAUCGCAAGGCUUCUACACGUACACCACAGCCUCAAGACAAGCCCAAGGAAGUGCAUGCUCAGAAACCUGCACGUCUAUCCAUGCGAGGAGGAGCAUCACCACCCACCACUCCCUCGCCCACGAAAUCUCCGCAAGGUCUAUCCGUUCCAACAACUCCGAAAGGUGGAAGCGGUUCCGAGUCUGGUACAUUAAGACGUAAGGAACGUAGUCGCAGCAAGUCGCCGUUCAGAAGCUUCCGUUGGAGAAAGUCCGCCAAGUCGCCGAGUUUAGAUCGCAGUGGUGUGAGUGAUGAUGAGCGCAGCAUUUCUGAACAACGAAGUCCCACCGACGACGAAUUCGAGGGCGUGUUGCAACGAAAACACGAAUGGGAGAGCACAACGAAGAAGGCGUCCAACCGAUCUUGGCACAAGGUGUACAUGGUCGUGCGCGGGCAAAGUUUCUACGUGUACACGGACCAGAAGUCGUACAAGGCUGCACCUGAUCAAAUGUACAAGGGAGAAGCUCCUCUUGAUCUCAGGGGCGCUACCAUAACCGUGGCGAACGAUUACACUAAGAGGAAACAUGUCUUCCGAGUAAAAUCGCAAAGCGGAUCGGACUUCCUGUUCCAGGCCAAAGACGACGCUGAGAUGAACGAAUGGGUGGCAGCGCUUAAUCAAUCAGCGCAGGGUGCAUCGGGCGCAAGCACAUCUAGGGCGCAUACCUUGCCAGCGCCAACGCAGGCCGAGACCAAGCGACGUAGUUUCUUCACUCUCAAGAAAAACUAAACCGGAGCAGUGAAGUUCGGUAUAAGCCGCUCAGCACAACACACGUUUAAACAAAGAAAUGUUUCGUCGCUCUGCGUGGUUAAAGCAACGUUAACAUAACAGAUUAGGAGACACACGAUACACGGCCAACGAUGGUGUUUCGCUGAACAAAAACAAAACAAAUAAUGAACACGAAAAUCGAAGGACGACCUUUGCUAAAACCAACUCGUUUCACGAAACGUCUACAUCUCGACUACUAUCAGCCACGGGAUAAACAGAAAGAAAGAAAGAUAGAAAGAAAGAAAGAAAGAAAGAAAGAAAGAAAGAAAAAAAAAUAGAGAAAUAUAUUUAAAGAAUCAGCUGUCUGUAUGUGUUAAAACACACUCCACACGCGUGUAGGCCAUUCUCUCGAAGUCUAAUUCGCAUUUUUAGUUCUUCAAGGAAUUUUUGGACACCUUGCAAUAUACCGCUAGUUGAGAAAAGUGAUACACGCUCGGUAUGUCCCACGUUAGCGUGAUCCAGCGUCCAUACACAUUCAAAUCUAUCGAUCGUCAGACGUUUAUUGUGCACGCUAGAAGUUUGUCUUCUUUUAAGCCUUGUCAUUGUACACAUAUAACCCAAUGAAAAUGUACCAUUUAACAUGUUUUGAAAGUUUCAUACUGACUUCGUAAUAAGAUACGCAUUGUAAAUUUUUUAAUUGAACAAAAGAAAAGAAAGAGAAUGGUUUUUGAUACCAGGUUGCCGUAAAAAUUCAUUCUACAAGCUAAACGAAAUUUUGUAAUUGCGAAAUUUAUAAUAAUGCUUCUUAAAACGUUUUCUAUUGGAAUCAUACAACGUCAGACACAAACAUAUUUGUACACUGUUGCCUCUUGCUUUCACGUGAUGCUAAUACAGUCUAACAACUAAGUUGAACGAUACUCUCGAUAACCUACGUUUAGAGGUGAGAAAGUAAAUGUUUAUAGAAUAAUGCAAAUAAUUUUUAACUUAGUGUUAAGCUGGUAACGUUAUUAACAAUUGCAAGCAAAACGGUGUGCGAACAGAUUUUUUUUUUCAUUGUGAGUACUCAAAAUGGCGAGCAAAGUAUGAAGAAUUAGAGAGAUUAUAUAUUCCCAUCAAACUGUAAAAUUGUGCCAGUAAAUCCUUCGUUUUGUGUAGCGUAUUGUUGAUAUUAUUCGAGAAGAGAUUUCACAACAGUGUUACAUGCAUGAAAAUGAGGAGUGACAUGUUAGGAAUAUAAAAUACUGGACAUUUCCAAUAAGUGAUAAAAUUAUUCCAGUGGGAUCUUCCAUUUUAAAUAGCUGUUGCUAUAAUUGAUUAUCCUCUUGGUCACUAUGUUGAAUGGGAACUCGCAGAGCAACCAGUGCCUUUUUUGAGAUACUUGCGCAUAUACUUCAUUACUCUUUGUAUGCGAUGUUUGUAUAUUCAAUCCCAUUUUACCUUCGGUUUUAUUUUGUACGAUCACGGAAAUAGUUGUGGUUCCACGGCAACCUGAUACGUGGCUGCUCAUCACAAGAACAUCAUAUUUUAAUUUACAUUUUUCACUCGUUUUGUCACAGGUCAGCGAAAGAAAAAGAGCUCAACCAGUGUUUUCGUUUUUCAGACAAUACUUUCUGCACGAACUAUUGUACUCUGAUUUCGCGUGUUCCCGCAAACGGUUUGCGUUUGCGUUUCGAUGACUGCCAUAUAUGUUUAUAAGAAGCACACUAACUUGGGACAUGAUAUAUAAAUAUAUAAAUAAAUAUAUAAAUAUUAUAUAUAUAUAUAUAAAUAUGAAUUAGCUUUUAACAAAUUCUUAAAUAUAUGCUGCGCUCUAAGGGAGAAACGCAUUGGAGAAUUAUAAAGAA